AUGACUACUAUAUCGAUCAGAGAAAUCACGUCUCUAGUUGAAAAGAUUUCUCUGGAACUCAAACCGGCGACCAAAGAGUCGUCCUCGUCUCGUAGUAGUUGUGGUCAUUCGUACGUCUUUUACGGAAUCUGCAUCGUCUGCAAAUCCACGGUGAACAAAUCCAAUGGUCGAGCGUUCAGUUAUCCCUUCCUCGUCCGAGUUUUCCGGCUAAGACAGGAAGCUGCGACACUAACGAAGCGAUUUACAACGCAAUACUAUUGUCUCAACGAGAAGAAGCUUCAUCUUGUCCUUGACUUGGACAAGACGCUUCUCCACGCCACUAAGGUUGCAGGUCUCUCCAAAGCAGAGAAGUAUCUAAUCGUAGAAGCAUAUUCAGAUGAAUGGGAUGAUCUAAGGGCGUUCCUCAACGACCCCGUAUACUUGAUAAAGCUACAGCCUUUUGUUCGCAUGUUCUUGGAAGAAGCCAACAAGAUGUUCACAAUGUAUGUUUACACAAUGGGUACUCGCGGAUACGCUAAAGCCGUGUUGGAGCUGAUUGAUCCGAAGGGAAUAUAUUUUGGGAAUAGAGUGAUAACAAGAACCGAGAGUCCUGAGCUGAAGACGCUUGAUUUGGUUUUGGCUGACGAGCGUGGAGUGGUGAUUGUGGAUGAUAGGCGUGAUGUUUGGACAUGCCAUCACCAUAGUAACCUAGUGAAGAUCCACGAGUACAAGUAUUUCAGAGUCGAUGAUUACAAACAAAGGUCUUUAUCAGAGAAGAGGAGAGACGAGAGUGAAAACAAUGGUGCGUUGGCUUUUGUUCUGAAACUACUCAAGGAAGUUCACUGUGAAUUCUUCAAAGUCGAACAAGAGUUAGGCUCAAAGGACGUCAGGUUGAUACUACAAGAAAUACGUAAGAAACGUCUCAAAUUAAGUUCUUGA